AUGGCACAACCACCUCCAGGACCCGGAGGACUCUACAGAGCUCCACCUAUAUACAGAUUCGCUGGUACAGCAUUGGGAGCAAGCAUGUGGUUCUUCUUGAUGUACCGCGCGAAGAAAGAUGGUCCUGCAUUGUUGGGCUGGAAGCAUCCUUGGGAUCAUUGAACGUCAGAAUGAGAAAGUGGUACGGGGCAGUCAGGAUGUAUCCAUGUGCUGCCAGGACCCAGACAAUCAAGAGAUACCAUCCAAAGCAGACUCUGGAAUCACAACACGGAUAGUGGGCCAAGAACUGUACAUAUGGAAGGAAAUAUAUCAUUGGGCAUUGGAGUUAAAAUUAAG